AUGUAAUAAUAAUGUUAAAACAGCUUUUUAUGUGCUGUUUUAGUUGGAAAUUAAUCAUUGUGACAGACGAUACGGUGCUAGCCAGAUGUGUCUUCGAGGUGUCCUGGCUCUCUGAUAACGACGCCGAUCCGAAGCCACCAUUCCCAUGCGUACAACAGUGCCAGUUUUCUCUCUAAGUAACAUAGUGAGAAACUCUGUGGCACCAUCGAUACCAGGUCAGCACCACAGCAGUGGAGCAUAAGCAUGCCUCGAGUUUCCGUAUAUAAUUGCUAUACCAAAAAAAAAAAUUGCGGCAGAACCCAUUUCACGAUGACUGUCCACAGUAAUGUGUUAGCAUUGAAUAUAGCAAUACAACCUAAUGUCGUCGCCAAAACGAGUUAUGUACAAGGUGUGUACUGCAGCGGAAUCCGUGCUUCCCCUUUCCUACUAUGGCCCCCAAAAUGCAUGGCGUGGCGGUGCUUGGGAACGUGAAACACGUAAUGCGGCAACUGGGCUCCUCUCUUCUUUCUGGACUCGCUGCGCCAUGUAGUGGCACUGCCGAGUAGUCUGCGUGAGAUGCCAUUGAGACCAGAAGCGUGGCUGCGAACGUUGAGGAUUGUUCCUUUGCUUGCUGCACACCUAGUGGCCCAAGUUGGCGCGAGGUUCAUUGAAGAGCGGCACGUGCGUUCGUGGCGCAGCUCACUAAAGCGUUGGCAUGAAAGCAGCUCACUGAAAAGCGGCACAGUGUAUUUGUGGCGCAGCCUGCUGAUGCAUCUCUCCUUGAGAAGCCCUUGUGACGUGGGGUCGAUUCUACUCGGCAUCAGAGAAAUUUGAGAGAUCUUUUUCGUCAUUCUAUUGCGGCCCAUUUCCAGUGGCACAUACUUAGUUGCACAAGUUGGCGUCAAAAAUGUUCAUUGAAGACCAGCACAGAACGAGUGGCACGUGCCAAGUCAGCGUCAAAGAGUUGCUUCAAACAGCAGUACCUACCCAAUCUUGCAUCUACUGUGACCCAUGUCGGUGGGAAAGAGGUUCGUUGACGAGUGGCACGUAUGUACACAUCACCACAUACUCAAGUGAUUCAAGUUGGUCCAACUGUUGGUUUUGAACCAUGUUUCUUCAGCACAGCAACCCAUUGCACUACCCAAUUUGACCAGGGAAUAACCAGUAACCCAGGUAGGUGGGAAAACUGGUUCGAUACAAACAUACAUAGAUAGAUACAUAACCCAUGGAAAGUGCGACAAGUACCCGAAGAAGGCUAACGCAUUAAUAGAUAAGUGGUACGAAUGACACUAUAGCAACACAACACCAUGCCAGCUUCGCUGUUUACCAUUUUCUAGACGCUUAUGGCAGUUUGCCUUGGUUUCCCCGCCGUGCAACAGGAAGAUUUUUUUGACGAUGAAAAAAUGGGUUCAAGCGAUAUUUUUGCUGUUGCGGCAUGCUCCUCACCCUGCUGGCUUACCUGAGCAUGUUAAUGCUGCCAACAAAACAAGCAUUGCCUACAGUUAAUUUUUCAUGCAAAAUAAAGGUGGAUGGAAUAAGUUUGUGUCAUCAGUUUCUCUUGUAACAAGUGACAGCCACUAUCAAACCUCUAGCAUGAAUAAGAUAUGAGGCAAGUUCAACUCUGAGCCUGUGUCUGGCUACUGCUGCAUUACAUGCGAGACAGCUCGUCCGCAAUGUUUGCUUUGCAACCUAUUUUCUGUUUUGAGCAAACUGAUGUAAUUACAAGGUUUAUAGGGAGUUGAAAAAAAGAUGCAUUUUGCAAUUGUCGGUGGUUCUUGAUGCGGCCAAGCUAUGGCUUCGGGGCAAAGCGUGCUAGGCCUAGCAGCAGUGAGCUGCUUGCACAUUCAUCCCGUCGUUUGGUGGAGCACUGCAUGGCAUGCCAUUGCAUAAAGCUUGUUGCUAGUGUGUUCAUUCCUUAAGAGAAAAUGUAGUUUCACACUUUCUGGAAGUGUGCGGAAAAAGUUAUGUGCAAUGCCAUGGCACACAUCGCUGCAGCAGAGUGCGUUCUGUAUGCAUCAUCUAGACAAAAUUUGCCCAAAAUUGCACCUGUCAUAGCUGAUAAUCCAUUUAGCCAGAUCCGUUAAAAGCAGUAUUUGUUGCAUGAAUAAUAAACAGGCAGACCAAACUCUGGAGAAUGGUCUGUUAUAUCUGAAAGUAUGUUGUAUGUGGAUCCAGUGUAGUGGUCAUGGACUAUCAAAUGUUGUCCUAUUUAAUUUGGUCUUCGAAUAGAAUAGUCACUAUUAGGAAAUUUGAAUAUUUUUCAUAUAGUUCUUGAAUACUUAACUCAGCCAUGUGCGAUCAGACAUGAAGCACAAACUGUGAUAGCCUCCAUCCUGGCAGCCAUAGUGGACAUGCACGCUAGAAGAACAUUGUAGGAGCCAGACUGUUCAGGCUUGAUCCAUUUGCUCAGUCAUGCCAUUUAGCAUUGAAUACUUUCUUGUCAGCACACAUUUCACCUGUAUGUUCUCUUGGGAUUAAAUCUGAAUACACUUUGUUGCAGCACCGAUUAUUUUAUAUAACAGUGGCACCAUCAACUGUAACCAUUCCAACUAGUCUGCUUUUUUUUUUUUCUUUUUUUUUUGCUUUGCUGCAGACGAUGCUCACAUGCCAUCUGGUCUUGUGUACAUACAUUCCACAAAAUAUGCUAACAAACUGCUUAUUUGAUCCUAAUGCUUGAGUUAUGCUUUCAAUACACUAUAUUUCGUUAUGGGCAAUAUUUAAUGAGAAGUAACUUGCUAACUUUGCGAAUGCUAGGAGGUGAACGUCAUUUUAUAAAUGCUGAAAAAGGCUGCUUGAUAUUUGAUUUGGUUUUCGAAAAUUUAUUAGUAGCGCACCCACAGCAAUUUACGAGUUGCUUUGAAUGCUCAUCAAGCAGCUGCACCUGCAUAGUAUGGCAACUACAAUGAGAGCUUGACUAUUCAAACCAUUUUUAUUGCUCUUCCAAACUGCAUAAACUUGUGCAAGUGCUUUAAUAUCAUAUGAAAGCUUGGUUGCGUCACAUUUUCUUUGCCUUGCUGAAAGUGUGCAGGGUGUGCUCUUUUUCUUCCCCCAUUAGUGUUGCUGAUAAUUAGUGAGAAACAGUUGUUUUGUAGUGUUUAGUAUGCUUGCAUUGGUCACAUUGUUUGUUUAGAAUUAAGCAGAAGGCCUUCUUGCUGUUCAAAUAUUAACUGGCCAGCGCUUUUAUUUGCCAUCCUGAACGUGUAGUAAUGCAGAUAUUAACUUUUCUACGGUCAUCUUGCAUUCAAGGCAUGGCCUAAAUGCUUGUGAUUAUGUCUGCCACUCUAGGGGGAAAAAAUAUCUUUAGUUAGCAGCAGAACAAAUAAGGGAGGCUUGAAUACGGUCGACAUCAACUGCACAUAACAUUAUGUCACUUGUAUCGUGCAAAAUGAAAAUAUGACCAUCCCUACUCCAGUUAGAAACUUUAUUAAAAGUAAAAAGGUAGUACAGCAAGUCUCAGUAGCUCAAAACACACAUAAACGAGGCAUGACUACCCACCUGCAACUAAUGAAUGAGACACGACUGAUACCACCAUGAAGGACACCAUGGAGUUGUCCAGGUGAUCAAGUUGCAAUGGAUGGCCAGGGAGAACAUGAGCUGAACAGCACAUGCUUGUGGGCAAGGAUUCCAUUUCAUGCUAGCCAUGCAUGCCUGUUAAGGGCCAACUCAACCCUUGUGCAUUUUGUGCACGUGACGUGAUGGCAAGGAACGCAAUCCAGGCUGAAAGAGAAGCCACUGGCAUUUUGUAUCUGUUUUUUGUGCUUGGUUCUCUCCACACUACCGAAUCUCGCUCAACCCAUUCGCUUGCCCAUACUAGUCUUGCACCAUUACUGAUAGUGUGCUGAAAAAAACAAAAUGGAUGGUGGCAGCUGUUCCCAUACCUGUCAACUUUUACGAUGUAAAAUGCCCGAUUUUUAGCACUCGUUCAGGAUUGUCGUAUUGAUCAAAUAUUUUAAGAUAUUUCAUUUGCGUAUAGCUUAGGGUAAAAACAACUUUAAAAAAAGAAAGAAAAAAGACAUACAGUUCCUGAGUGAUCUUUUAUGGGCCAAUUUUUAGAACAGAUUGAUUAUAUAGGCGUACCAAUGUGGCAGCGACAUCAACAUAAAACAAAUGUAUAGCGGGAAAUCUUCGACAGCCGUUACGUGAAUAUUGCAUUACUAAACUUCAUAAACAUUCUGCGGAACAGAUUGUUGUUGCUGCGACUAUGUAGAACAAGUGACUAUUCACAGCAUCCCUAAAGAACAAAGUGUACGAAUCUCUGAUGAACAGUCAACGUUUUGAAUAAUCAAAUUAUUUUUAGUAUUUUUCACCAAAUCUUGGACAUUUUGUCUUUCACUGUAGUACAUUUUGAAUUCUAAGGUUGGCAAGUCUGUGUGUCUGAUGCCUCUUUAUCACAACGCUGGCAAGUGCGGUGUUAAAGGGAGUGACAAAUGGUGUUGUGAUUAUUGCAAUGGCAAAUUGCAGUACCAUCCAGGGGACCUAAUCUUGCAGUGCCUAAGCAACAAAUGGCAUGGAACUUUUUUUUUUUUUUUUAAAUAUAUUUAGGUGUGUAAUGAAGAUCCCCCUAUGCUGGAAACUGACAAGUUUGCCUGAGAGGGUAACUGACAGCAAAUGUGGUCCCAGCCGUACAAAAGUAAUCUUUUCUUUAUCAAAGCAAUCAUCAUGUGGUUCAUACUUUUGGAACUGUUGAAUUAUUUCUUCCAUAAUGAAUAUACAAUGUUUCUACUUGCUCUUUAACUGUCCAGUCAUUUCCAAGCCAAGAUGCACCAGUAGUGCUAGUCCAGCAGUCCUUUAUGCAUGGAGACUUCAUGGCAUCAGAAAGGGCAUUUCGUAUUUCACAGUGAGACCACCACACUGGGACAAACCUGCAUGUGUACAAAAGGGCACAUAGGAUGCCAACAUAAACUUUCGUUGCAUUGUAACAUGCAUUCAGAAUUGUGCAAAUGCAUAUAAAUUUUAAAUAAAUUUUUUUGAACAAAAAAGCAUAGUGUGACAGCUAACUUGUGUACACCAAUGUGUGAUCACAAGAGGUGGCUCUGGUGUUAGUAUCAAAGUUUCACAGCAGAGUGUUGGAGCUUGCAAUUUUCAGUGCCGAUUUAAAAUGCCUCUGAACUGCUAACAUCCUCUUGGAUUUUGUCAAUAUAAAGCACAUGCAUCUAAUUUUCACCAUAAUCUCGGGAUGCGUUUUUGUCAGUCCCUUUAAAUGGUUGAUUGUUGUGUUUAUAGUCCCUUUGAGGGGUCUUUGGUUAUGAACAGUUAUGAGAGAGGGAGGCUGUGUUUGAUUCAAGCAAAGGUAAGGAAGGCAGACCAACUUUGACAGUUGCAAGCUUUGUGACGCGGGUGUCACUCCAUAUAAGUGUCUAACUUGGGUUGGGAGGAGCCGUGCUGUAGUGGCCUUCUUUGCUAUGCUGUGCUAUGAAUGCCCUUGGCAGCAGCGCUGUUUCUAAAGACUUGCCGUCUUUUUUCUGUCUUCCUGGUGAGUCUUUGCAGGUGUUGCCUUCAGCUGCUGCACGCCUCCACUUUUUGAAGGCACCCCAUCAUGCCUGAGUUGGACACCUUAGCUUUGACCCCCUCCCCUCACCCACUUCCCUAGUAUAUAUCUUGUAGAUAAAGGAUACAAUGUCCUGGCCAAUAGUGUGCGCCAUUUCUUAGCAUUACCACGUAUGCAAGUUGUGAAGCUCAUCAUUGGCAUUGAUAGAAGCAGACAUGCAAGAUAGCAUUUCUUUACUUACAUGUUCUCUACGGCCAGUCUUGUUUUAGGGAGUAAAUGUUUUCAAACUAUUCCUUUGGCAGGGUGUUUUGCCCUCAUUCUUGUUCCAUCCGUAAGGAAUGUCUUGCAUAUUGGCUAAAAGUGGCUGACAGAAUGUGCUCUUGGGCAGACUCUGACAGACUACAGUAACUGAUAGUUGUCUGCAUGCCAGAGCUGAUUGAAAUUGCAAAGCUACGACAAUCUGUGCUUGGGUUGGUCUGAAUGAACUCACUGCAUGUUCAGCACAUAACUCAUACCUUUAAUGACAAACCAUCAUGCAAACCGUAAGGUGAAAAGUGUUAGGAUAUCUCAGUGGAAACCUUAGCUGUUCUGCUCAUUGGGACAUGCCAGUAUAUGGGAGAAACUUGUGCUGUUUGGUGUUGUUUGGCCUCGUGUCUUGAUUGCCAUGUUUUUCUCUUUUUUGUGUCUUUUUUACACCAUUUAGUCGAGAGAGGGCGUGCGGUGCUUCUCACGGUGUUGACACGAUGCGUUGCGAAUGUGACAAUGACUGGAGAGCUGGCGGUAAUGGCCACCUUCACAGCAGCAGUGGAGGAGCCAAGGAAGCGCAGCAAGAGCAGAUGGGUCCUGUGCUGGCUGGGCCAGGAGCCCUCAAGGCCGCACCACCACUCAUUGGCUUCGGCCUCAUGAAGCUGACGCCUGAGCAGCUCGAGAUGGUCACACGCGCAAAGAAGUUUGCCAUGGAGCAGAGCAUCAAGAGUGUGCUCAUGAAGCAGACCAUCGCACACCAGCAGCAGCAACAGAAGACGCUACAACGCCAUCAGGCGCUGGUCCUCAUGUGUCGGGUAUACGUUGGCAGCAUCAGUUUCGAGCUGAAGGAGGACACAAUCAAGCAGGCAUUCCGCCCAUUUGGUCCCAUCAAGUCCAUCAACAUGUCCUGGGACCCUGUGACACAGAAGCACAAAGGGUUUGCCUUUGUCGAGUAUGAACUGCCCGAGGCAGCACAGCUUGCCCUCGAGCAAAUGAAUGGCGUGCUCAUCGGAGGACGCAACAUCAAGGUCGGCCGACCCAGCAACAUGCCACAGGCAGCACCCAUCUUGGACCAGAUAAUGGAGGAGGCCAAGACCUAUAACCGCAUCUACAUUGCAUCUGUUCACCAGGACUUGACGGAAUCAGACAUUCAGAGUGUCUUUGAAGCAUUUGGCAAAAUCAGGAGCUGUAAACUGAUCCCAUCAUCUACUCCUGGGAAGCACAAAGAGUAUGGCUUUAUUGAGUAUGAAACCAACGUGGGUGCAAAUGAAGCCAUUGCCUCAAUGAACCUGUUUGACCUAGGUGGGCAAUACCUCCGUGUUGGAAGGGCUAUCACACCACCUAAUGCUCUGACACCACCCAGUGCCCAGAGUUGUAUGCCAACUGCGGCGGCGGUGGCAGCAGCAGCGGCCACAGCAAAGAUUCAGGCAAUGGACGCAGUGGCAAACAACGCCCUGGCAUUGGGACUGUCGUCUCCAGGGGCAAUACGUUCUUCGUCAGCAGCGGCCCUGGGGCUGUCGUCCCCUGGAGUGAUUGGUUCCUCACCGGCGGCCGUCAUCCCUCCUCCUGGCCUGACCAUUCCCACCUUGGUUCCCCCUGGUCUUGUCGGGCCGCCAGGUGUCCUACCACAGCCAGUGCUGGCUGCCAACGCACCAGGCAUCAUCACUGGUGUGACUCCUAUGCCACCGACAGCCGCUCUCAUCCCUCCUCCAACCAUAGUGACCACACUUCCCAUGUCGGCACCUAAGCCUGACCUCCUGAAUGCAGCAGCCGCAGCUCUGGCUACGACCACGACAGCUGUUGAGACGGUAAUGAGUCAGGCCACCUUUAGCCAAACUGCUCUGAGCCAAGCGGUGCUGAGCCAGGCAGUGCUGAACCAGGCAGUGCUGAACCAGGCGGUGCUGAAGCAGGGCAGCCAGGUGCCAGUAGCUAAUGCUGCUGCUGCUGCACCAGGCGAAGCACCCAAGGAGGAUGACGAUCUGGCCAAGAAAAUUGCUGAGGAGCUCGAGCCGCAGACACUGCAGCAGCAGGAGAACAUGAUGAUCAAAGGCUCCAACGCACGGCACAUGCUCAUGAGGAAGCUGAUGCGACGCACAGAGUCAUGUGUUGUGGUGCUGCGAAACAUGGUCGGUGUGGAGGACUUGGAUGAUGAGCUCGAGUCUGAAGUGACGGAUGAGUGCGGUCGAUUUGGCACGGUCAAGAGGGUCAUAAUCUAUCAAGAACGGCAGUCCGAGGAUGAGAAUGCUGAAAUCGUUGUCAAGAUCUUCGUUGAGUUCUCCCAAGCGCAAGAGGCAGCAAGUGCAAGGGAUGCUUUGAAUGGCCGAUUCUUUGGUGGAAGACUUGUGAAAGCAGAACUGUAUGACCAGACACUCUACGAGGCAAACGACCUGUCUGGAUAACCCACAUAGGACAUGUACAUAUCUCUGUAUAUACACAUUUUCAAAAUAAAUGGAAACACCUUUG